AACGAAAUUCAUCCCACCAAGCAACCUCGCCCUCCCUCUCUCUUUCUCCUAUUUUCUUUCUUUCUCACACACAAACACAAAGAUAUGCGCAUAGGAGAUUACUUAUAAAUGUUUGUUAGCCUAGAUGUUGCAUCAAUCGCUGGUAGAGGUCUGUCCAAACCUUCCUACUCUCUAACGGAUCGAAAAUACUUCUCUUCUGAUCAUCCCUCCUUGUAUUCUCUCUGGGAUCCACCUCACCUUCAUCUCUUCAAUCAUCUUAUUUGCCCUAUAUUUAAGCAGUACUCUGGCUAGCUAUAUAGCCAAUCCAUCUGAUCUUUCUACAGUUACAUAUAUAUGUUUUGCUAACUCUUCUUUGAUUUAGCAAGAAGAAGGUGCAAGAAUUAAAGGAAAGAGGAGCUCUUGUCCAUGGAUUGAUCGAGGUAGUAGUUACUUUAGCUAGCUAGGGUUCAUAUAUAUCUUCCAGUUCUAUAUAUAUAUAGAAUCUUGUCUUCCUGGUUCUUGGGUUAGGGUUCUUUUGUUGCUGUAUUUAUUUAGAAGAUCAAAUAUGUGUACUAGAGGACAUUGGAGGCCUGCUGAGGAUGAGAAACUUAAGGAAUUGGUUGAAAAGUAUGGUCCUCAUAAUUGGAACGCCAUUGCCGAAAAGCUUCAAGGAAGAUCAGGGAAGAGUUGUAGGUUGAGAUGGUUCAAUCAGCUGGAUCCAAGAAUCAAUAGAAGCCCGUUUACAGAAGAGGAAGAAGAAAGACUUCUUGCUUCCCACAGGAUUCAUGGGAACAGAUGGGCAAUUAUUGCAAGAUUUUUCCCUGGUCGCACCGAUAAUGCAGUGAAGAAUCAUUGGCAUGUCAUCAUGGCAAGAAGAUAUAGAGAGAGGUCUAGACUUCAUGCAAAAAGGGCUGCUCAAACUUUGGUAAAUGAUAGCAAAUUAUCCUCAAAACAAGAUCACAUGCACAUGGAUUGUGAGACGAGGAACUUUUCUUCAUUUUCCAAGAAAUAUUCUGAAAAAUAUGGCCAAUAUCCUAUGGUUACUCACAGCUACUUACCGGCCUUUUGCAAAGAGUUCUACAAUGAAGAUCCAAGUCAUUGUGAAGAUCAAAGUCGGCCCAUUGAGUUUUAUGAUUUUCUCCAAGUAAACACUGACUCCAAUAAAAGUGAAGUGAUAGACAAUGCAAGAAGAGAUGAUGAGGAGGUAGAUCAGCAGGAAGCCUUGGAAAAUGAUCAGAGCGAGGCUGAUGUUCCAUUCAUUGAUUUUUUCUCUGUUAAUGGCAAAUCCUCAUCAUAACACAGCUUGGUGGUGUGUCAAACGAGGGACCAACAAAUGCAUAGUAAGCAUGCAACUAAUUACUCAGUAGUCUUGUAUACUACAACUGCAUUGACCAAAAGAAAUAUUUAAGGAGAGAAAAUCAUGUAUGUAUAGCAUGUAGGGAAUUCUCCAUGUAUAGAGCAGAGAAACAAAGUUUUAUGCAAGUUGCUAAUGUAAGUAAAAUGUCAAGAAUCUACCUUUGAAGUUUGCCAUUCUAGCAUUGUAAAACCACAUCAACAUCUGUAGAGUGCAGUACAUGCGUACCAACGCAGAUUGCUUCCU